AAACACGAUUAGCUUACGACGGAAGUUCUCGCAGCAUCGUAUUAUUCUGGACUCAAACGCUCAACAUGGAGAGCAACGGGAAAUCUAAAACACACUGUAUGUUACAGCUUGGCUUUUUACUCAACCUGACCAUUACGUUAUUGGCUGUUGGGUAUUUGACUUACAAAGUGCACACGUUAGACGAACGGAUUGUCAGACUCGAGCAACGAAAACCUGUCAAAACAUUUAACCACGAUGAAGCGCACAAGAGCCGAAAACCAAGAGCCUUGAACGAUUCUAACGGGAAAUUCUCUGGAGAUUGUACUACAUGCCGAGACAUAUGCUUCCAACUAUUCAGUCAAGAUCCAAAUUCCAAAAAGGUUCUAAAACCAUUGCCUUCUGGAAGCAGCCAGACAUGCAUCCGAGGUCCCCCGGGUGCUCCUGGUCCACAAGGGCCGACAGGGCCGAGGGGUCGCAGAGGAAAGAAAGGCCAGCGAGGAUAUCGAGGUUAUGCAGGUAAAAGAGGACCCAUUGGUAUGACAGGACCUCGAGGCCCUAGAGGGUUCCCAGGAAGAGCCUUUUCUGGCAACAGAUCCGUUCUAAUAGACUCUCUUGAUGUUCCUAGAAUAACAAGACGUCCACCUUCAGUACUUGUAGUCAGAGAAGGUCAAAACACCGUCGUCCCUUGCGAGGCAUCCGGGUUUCCGGUGCCAGUGAUCACGUGGUACAAAAACAAAAAGGCAGUGCCCCGAGCGCUGUAUGAAAACGGCCCUUUGAGAUUCAACAGUGUGACCUUUGACAACGGUGGCAGAUAUCUCUGUGAUGCUAAAAACUUUAUUGGGCAAGAACAGGCUACUUUUUUGCUCGUUGUGAACGUUGUUCCCAGGUUUGUCGUAUCUCCACCUGUCUAUCAUCCGGGCUACGAGACCUGGGAUACUACCAUUACGUGCGAUAUAUUUGGGUACCCUCCGCCUCGAAUCGAAUGGACGAGAGCCCUACAAGACAUGCCCAAAGGACGACACGUCAAAGCUGGAAAACAUCUUAUUAUCAAGAAAACAGUGCCGGCUGAUAAAGGUCCUUACAUGUGCAAGGGCAUUAAUGCACAUGGUUCUGUGUUUGCUCUCAUAGUGUUGACAGUGCACCCUGUGUUUCCCCCAGUCAUUAGCAAAUCUCCUCCCAGCACGAUAACAGUGCGUCAAAUAUACAGCGAGGUCCGAAUGAUCUGUUCAGCAAGUGGAUCUCCUCUGCCGACCGUGGAAUGGAUAAAAGAUGGUGUUCCCAUAUCCACAAAUACUACUGUAAGAAAGAAUACCGUUGAGGUUACAGGAGAACUCGUUAUCCCAUCGUUUGGGCCUGAACAUCAAGGAUCGUAUUCGUGCUUCUUUAGGAACUACGAUAAUGGUACAGCUGAAAAGAAAAUGCGAUUAGAACUUGCCUUGUGUGGUGACCCGGGGACACCUGAACAUGGUUAUCGUACAGGCAAGGAAAACUGGGCAGGCAAGAUGGUGAUAUAUGCCUGUGAUCCUGGAUAUCAUCUGGACGGGCCAAGCAACAGACUCUGCCUGUCAUCUGGAAACUGGAGCAACUACCUUCCAACGUGUUAUCGAAUGUGUCCUGAGCCAGUUAUACCAGAAAAUGGUUUCAUUGUUGGCGAAGAGUACUGGGCAGGAAAAACCAUUGAGUUUCAGUGUCAUCCAGGUUACUGGCUGAUAGGGGCUCCGCGGAUGACCUGCGAUAAUUUCACUGGUAACUGGACUGACAUAGAACCAGAAUGCAAAGGUCACACGCUGCACUCAGAUAUUCUUACCAACCAAACGGAAUACUACAUGAAGUUAAUGGAAUGGCUCGCACCUGUAACAACUGGUCUGCCAACCAAGUGGGAACGUUGCUAUUACACCAAGGUUAAUGGAUGGGCAUCCAGUACUUUCCACUCAGGGUGCAACUCAGUUGGCCCAACGAUAACCAUCAUCAAAGUCGGUCAAUACAUGUUUGGAGGAUACACAGAUAUCAACUGGCAUUCCAGUGGUUCAUAUUCCAAAUCCGUCAACUCCUUCAUCUUCUCUUUUAAAAAUAAGUAUGAUUUUGAGCCUUUCAAGCUUAAAGUCAAAAAUAUUGAUAAUGCCAUAUAUGGCAAUGGGGGAUAUGGACCGACAUUUGGAGGAGGCCAUGACAUAUACAUUGCCAAUAACGCCGGCGGCAAUACUAACUCAUACAGCAACCUUGGUCACUCGUACGUAUGGUUCAAGGGUUACAAAUAUAGCUCCUCAGACACGCAGGCAAUCUUGGCUGGUUCGUAUAACUUCAAACCCGACGAAGUUGAAGUAUUCCGCCAAGUGAAAGGAUAGUAACCAAUCAGUGGAGGAAAGCCACCGAUGCAAAUGACGGUGUCACUGUUUUAGUAGAAACCAGAAGUACCCGCUUAUUAUUUUAGAUAUAUAUGCGAAUAAAUGAAAGGGAGAGCAAUUCACAAACUUUGGAGAAAAUUUCCUUUCCGGAAACAAUUUUUAUUGCUAUCUUGACUGCGUAAGAUUGUGGUCAUGCAUUUUCACCGGGCAAGGAAUCUAAUAGGGGAUUAAGAAAAUAUAGAUUGAAAAUCAUCAGGCCUCGAUUAGCCAUUCCGAGGUUAUGGGGAAAAAAAAACUGGGUCGAGUUGGCAUUGCAGUGUAUUGUGCGGUUGCAGUUUUGGGGACAUAUUUCCAAGAUGGUGUCUAAGUCGUCCCUGAGACAGCACCCAAAAUGUACUGCAAUGCCAACUCGACCCAGCUUUUUUUCAACCUCGGAGUGACUAAUCCCCAUAGCUUGCAACACAAGCAUAAACAUAAGCAACAUGAUUAUAUUUUAUAGUAAGAGAGACUAUAAAUAUUUYUGUAGUUGAUUAGAAAAUAGCAGCAGGAAUGGCUGUUAUCAGUGUUGUAUAUGAGCUUAACUCUCUAAUGAUACCAUUCACAGUAAUUAUAUUAACCAUUUUAUUGAAAA